GCUGGCACCUUUUUUUACGUUCAACCGCGUUGCACAAGGCAAGAUCAAUCAGUCCAACCUUACGAGGAUCAAAUCAGUAAUCACGCUAGCGCCCGGGGCCAAUACAAAAGGACCUCCCACCCACCACCUUUUCUCCGUCAAACCAUCUUUUGACUUCUUCUCCAUCUCCCAUCUCUAACUUCUGCCAGCACAACAAGCAUUUGGAUUUUUCCGCAUCACUCAACACACUUUAUACCCAAUUUCCGAUUUUUCAUCUCUAAUCAUCCAACAUGCCUCCUAAAGCCGCUGACAAGAAGCCCGCCUCCAAGGCUCCCGCUACUGCCCAAAAGGCGCCUGAGAAGAAGGAUGCCGGCAAGAAGACUGCCGCCACUGGCGAGAAGAAGAAGCGUACCAAGGCGCGUAAGGAGACAUACUCCUCCUACAUCUACAAGGUCCUCAAGCAGGUCCACCCCGACACUGGUAUCUCGAACCGUGCCAUGUCUAUCCUCAACUCGUUCGUCAACGAUAUUUUCGAGCGAGUUGCAACUGAAGCCUCCAAGCUUGCCGCCUACAACAAGAAGUCCACUAUCUCAUCUCGAGAGAUCCAGACCUCAGUCCGCCUGAUCCUCCCCGGUGAGCUCGCGAAGCACGCCGUCUCUGAAGGAACUAAGGCGGUAACCAAGUACUCGUCAUCCACGAAAUAAGUGCUUGGUUUUCUGCGUCUGGUUUCUUUUGGGCAUGGGACUUUUUUCUGCUUUGGCAUCAUGAACGAGACUCACUCAGCCAAGGCUUGGUGUUGUGUUUUCAUCAAGUCCCUACAUACGGGAGUCUCAUAAUGCGUUACGGAUGGUUUGCUUUUUAUUAAGGGGGCAAUGUCUUCGCACAACACGGUCUGGGGUUUGCGGUUGUACAAUACUCUUUCCCGAUAGGGUUUCGGAAUGAAUCUGCAUAUGAACAAACAUCCUGAGCUCGUCUUUAAUCAUCGUGAAUAAUGCUAAUACGAGAGGUCUUCUGGUCCCAUGUUUUUUGCUUCUCAGAUCUGGUGUUUGCAGUACGUGUACCGGACUUAUCUGAUUAGGUGAUGUGCGGGGCAAUUCGGGUUGGACUCCGCUGUGUUCAAGCACGCGCCCCCGAAUUCUAAGUAAAUGGCGCUUGUUUUCAAUUCAGUUUCCUCAUUACGAUAUGUUUCCGUCACUUUUUCUUCUUCUUUCGCGCAGGGUACAAGCAUUCAUUUUUCAACCUGUUGAAGCAAUUUCUGUCAGGUGUUCAGUCAGUAUGUGAAAUUUGGCAAGUUUGCUAUUCCAGGGAUAUGCCCCUUUCGUUAAUCCGUUAGUAUGUGUUUUUUCUC